AUGCCAAUGAAUAACCUUUUAUCAAUACAAGAUAAUAUGCCGUCCUCUUCUGAGGAAAAUAAUUGCGACUCCCCAUAUUCACCGGCGUCAGACGACUUUUCUGUGAAUAACUUGUAUAACCCUUCGACUUUACUGGAUCCAAAACUAGAAGUACUAGACUCAAAUACUUCUCUUUUCUUCAUGACCCCUCAACAAACGCCUACAAGAGAACUUCAACCUUCGGUACAACAAGAUCACCACGUUCACCAGUCCGUUUUCAACCCUGUGCCUAUGACUGACCUUCAACAGCAAUCUUUAAAUAAUUUCAUGUCCCCGACAUUUACACAAGGUAUAGCAAAUUAUACACAAAAAAACAUGAGCUACCUCGAAUAUAUGAAUGGAUCUGAUGAUAAUAACAUAGAACCAAGUGUCACAUCACCUCAGUCGGAUCGGCAUUGUCAUAUGCAGGAUAUCAGUGAUAAAGGAUUACAGAUUCACGUUCUCGGAGUCCCGCAGACUGGUGCCAAAUCUCGUGUAGAAACACAAAUCAAAUUAUGUCUACAGCUUGUCACGGAUAAAGGAGAAAAAGUGCCAUUAUGGUCACAUUUACGCUUGCCCGAAUAUAUGGUUGCUAAAGAAAAACUCAAAACUAAAAACGCAAGGAAUCCACCGGAUCAAAUGAAUAUCUCAGAAAAAGGUGUGCUAAAUUUAGAAGCAACCGUGGUUUGCGCGAGCGAGAUACCGAAAAAAGUACUUACUUGUCUGGGUUGUGUCCAACGAGAGCGAAAGAGGUCUCAGCGUAAAAAAGAAAACAGGCACGCCAAGGCAAAUUCGAACGCUGCUGCGCCACAAGUCGAUGACGCCAAUAAACCAAUGGAUUUAGACGAUGAAAAGACGAUGCAAUUAGAACAACGCAAAAUUCUAUUAUUCAAUUGUAGUGAGAUCGUUGAUUUUAGUAGUGGUGACACUAUUUUACCAACAAGAAUCACGUGUUAUUGUCGACAUCAUAAUGAGAAAGUUGGGUUCUGCAUUUACUUUGUAAUGAAAGAUUAUACUGAUUCUAUCAUUGCAACUGGAAUGUCACCUCCUAUUAUGAUAACUGACGAUCACAAGUCGUCAAAAACAAAAGUUGGUGUUGGAAGAAAACGACCAAGAGCUGAAUAUGAUCGUAGAAAUUCCACAACAGCGAACAAUCCCAUAAAUUCUACAAAAAGCAAAGCCAACGAAAGGCAUGCGUCUUCUUCAUUAUCAAACGGUACAAAUGAGCAAUCCACGCCGCCAUCCUUAUCAAUAAUACCUACUUCUGAACCUAAUGGAGGACUUUCGUCUCCAGUUUCCAUUAUUCCCACACAAAAUUCUAGCUUGAUCGCAUCGAUUUCAUCACAACAAUCAACGAUUAAGCAUGAAAAAAACAAUAAUUCACGACAACGUUUACACGUUCAGCCUUCAUUUGGAUUCAAUUCAUCAUCAUCCCCCGCAUCACCGAUUUCACCAAUGUCACCCAUUAUUCCUCAAAAUUUACAAAAUACCCCAAAUACUCCAAAUACAUCUAGCCAACCCUAUCAACAGCUUGAUCAAAAUACUAAUUUGGCUACUUCAGGCCCACAAGUGAAUUUUCCCGUGGUAGCCAAUAAUGCUGCUAUGAUGAACUUAUCUAUGGCACCCACAUCACUUAACAACAUGAAUCCCAUUUAUCAAACGGCACAAUUACAUCAAAAUCUCGGCGCUCCCAAUCGAUUUAAUAUCUCAGCCGCUCAUCACGGUGGAGGCCCAAUGCGCUUGCAUGCUUCUCACCAUCCUAACCAAAUGCUAAGGAGGUCAUUUUAUAACACUUCUGGAAAUUCCAUUUAUCAAAAUGGUACGAUCAACGGAUACCCCAUACCGAGGAUGAGCAGGCUUAUUCCUUCUGAGGGUCCCACUUAUGGUGGCAUUGAGGUGACCGUUUUAGGAAGCAACUUUUUUGAGGGACUUACUUGUGUUUUCGGUGAAAAUCCAGCAAUUCCUACACAAUAUUGGUCCCCAAAUACACUGGUUUGCAUUUUACCACCAGCUCCAACACCGGGUACAGUCGUUGUGAGUUUUAAGGAAUUUCCUAUAAGCUUGAUAGAUAAUCCGGAAGAAGUCGUCCUUUUCUCUUACACUGAUGAUUCUGAUCGAGCUUUAAUGGAGUUAGCGCUUCAAGUCGUAGGGAUGAAGAUGACCGGAAAGAUAGAAGAUGCACGCAACAUUGCUAUGCGCAUCGUUGGCGGCAAUGAUAACAACAGUAAUUCUGGUAAUUCCAAUGGCAAUGGAAGUAUGAAUGGGAUGCACAACCAUUUGGCAUCUUUUGCUCGUCAAGCAGGAGAAAAUAAUUUCGAAGCACAUAUUAUAACAACAAUAAGCUUAUUAGAUGUACUUGAAACAGAGCAUGAUAGUAUUUCAUUACAAAAUCGUCAACAACAUACGAUGCUGCAUAUAGCGGCUAUGUUGGGUUACACAAGAUUAUGCUCCGUGUUAAUUGAUCGAGGCAUCGACUUGAACUUACAGGACAAAUAUGGCUUUACUGCACUUCAUUACGCGGCAUGGACAGGUAGAGAGGAGAUUGUGAGAAUACUUAUCACAGCUGGUUCUGGAGAUAUCAUUCCCAAUAUCAACGAUCAGUAUGCUAUUGAUCUAGCCAUAUCUCGAAAUUUCGAUGAAAUUGUUGCAAUUAUCAAUGAUCAUCGUUUGCACGAUUCUGGGGUAUCGUUGUCAUCAUCAUCCGAACAAUCUUCAAUAUACGGAUCUGAUGAUGAUUGGGAUGACAGUGAUGAUGAGAAUAGGGAACAAACGGAAGAAUCCAUUAACGAUAAACAAAAUCAUGAAACAACACCCAACAUUUCUUGGGUAGAUUCGGCGACCGCUAAUGAUUUAUUACUAAACAAAUCGGAAGAGGAUGAUGGAAUCGUAAAUGCAGAAGUGGUUGAUAAGAAGAACAUUAAACAACCUUUCUCUGAGAUGGCCACCGAUUUAGCUUCUGCUUCUACUAUUUGGCUCCAAAAAACAUUUGCGCACAUGCAUAUGCCAACUAUAGGCAAACCUUCUCAGAUUAACAUUCCUCUUCCCUACAUUAAAAUGCCUAAUCUUCAAAUGCCCAAUUUACAAAUGCCAUACCUUCAAAACUUUUCUUCCCCAAAGUUUUCAACCAUGAAUUUUGGCACCAACUUAUCAAUUCCAAGACCUUCCAUGCCAUCAAUGCCUUCACUUAACAUGAAUAUUGAAUUUCCAACUUUACCAAUGGUAACUUUCCCCGCUAUAAUACCCAGUGGAUUUACAAGUUUUGUAAGAGAUGAAAAAAGCAUGGCUAAUGGAGGUGACAUGAGUGAAAUGAAUAUGGCACAAUAUUACAAGAAUAAAUGGCUUAGACAAGAUCAACCUGUUCAACAAGAACAAUCACCAAAAGAAGUUGGUCAAGGAUUUGGUAGAUUUGGUUAUAGUUGGCCAUUUUAUGGAUCGCAACCAGUUGUGCCAAUGUAUCAUCACGAACCCGAAGAACCUCGUGCUCCAUCACCAUCACCGCCUGCUAAUAUUUCACGUGUAAGUCGCAAGGUUGGAUAUGAUCUUAGUUCUUUGAAUGAUGAACAAAUGGCUCGUGUGGAACAUCAUGAUGAAAAAUAUAAAAGAUUAAAGAAAGAUAAAAUGUUGUUUUUAUUCUGGGUACCAGUAUUUUUCGUGAUGAUUGCCUUGGCAGUAAUGAAAUACAGUACAAUAGGCAUAACAGAACUUACAUUAUUAAUACGAAAUGUCGUAUAUGAUAUUGUUGGUUGGGUAAAAUUUGAUUAA